AUGGUGCGUCGGCCUGGUACUGGGUCUGAAUUUAAAGAACUUACCUUUCAUGUGGCAUUUUCGAUUUUUUGGCGCCCUCGCAAUGGGCUUCCUCUCCCGCGAAAGGUCAACGAUGCGCUAAAAUACCACCACGUCUUUCUUCCUGUAGUGACCAGAUCACGGUCUCCCGUGACCGAGUGUGACUUCAAUUUUCAUAAAUCAAAUUCGACUUACCUCACCGACCUUGAUGCUUCAAGAGCGCAUCUUAGCGGGUUGUUUUUUGCGCCUAUCUUCCAGAAGACCACAGGUUCGGUGCGUUGCAAUUUGAUCGUCAGCGCCGUUGCGUGCACCUUCCGUCGAGAAAUCAAGCCAUUCCAGCCGUACGAACUCUGGACCAAGGUUGCGAGCUGGGAUGAUAAAUGGAUUUACAUGGUCCCGCAUUUUGUCGACAGAAGCAAGUUUCGGCCAGGAUGCUCUGUGAUGCAGGCCGAUACUUCAAGCCAUAAAGAGAAGACGACAAAACGAGUGCCUCCAGAGGGAGAUCAAACAAAACAUGUGUUUGCUUCUGCCGUAACUCGGAUGGUGUUCAAAAGAGGUCGCUUGACAAUACCGCCUGAGCGUGCUCUAGAGACCUGCGGCCUUUUGUCGGUUAUGACGAUCGAAUCUCCCACCGAAGCAUCCGAAAUGGACGCCAAAAUUGAAACAACAAAAUUGGCAGCCGACUGCCCUGAAUGGACACGGAGGGAGCUUGAGUCAUAUAGAGAGACAAAUAUCCCAAUUGUGCGGCUUGAAAGGGGUUGGGAUGCCAUCCAUGAGCUAUUCAAGGGAGAGGAGACCGUGUUGGCAAGGUACGGCGACUUAAUGUGGUGA